UAGAAGAUGCUGGUCGUCCAUCUUGGAAAUGCGGUCUACAGUUAUUUUAUAUACAUCAAUGGGCACAACAAGGGAAUAAAAUCACAGCAUAUUGAGCAGAAGAACAAUUUAAAGCUACCGAAUUUCAUAACGUUUUAAUUCAAAAAUAAAUAGAAUCUCAAAAUGUCUAAACUGGAGUUGUUCAACGCGUAUCUCAGUGAACGGCUGACUGCGGCGGCGAGGGAGAUAACAUCGGCAGUAGAGAGAACGAUAACAGACGAAAUCUCCCGUUACAAGGAGGACAACGAACGGUUACGACUGCUGCUGGAUUUCAAACCACAUUUACACUUACAUACAAAAGACCCCCAACAGCUCACCUUCACAGUCUCCAAAGAGGAGGUUCCCCCUGAGCAGCAGCACUGUGAACAAGUGUGUCCCCGUACGGGGCAGCAGGUCCCAGAGCACACCCAGAUUAAAGAUGAACAGGAGGAAGAGCUGCUUCAAGAGUCUGAUACCAAAGACUUCAUUACUGUCUGUGUGGUGAGUGACUGUGAGGGCGUGAACACACCUCAUACAUCCCACACUGUGGGGAGUAGAGACGGAGGUUCGCCAUUCAAUAACACAACUGGAGGGAUCCAGACAGAGCCCGAUGAUGAAGACUAUAUAGACUACAUAGUAUCAGAACCAUCCAGUCCUGCAGCUCAGAGUGAAAACAGUGGGAGGGACACCGAUGGGGAGAGCAUGGAGCUACCGCCGGGGUCAAAGCCACGGAAAUCACAAAGGAAACGGUCAAAGAAAGGAACAAGCGUUGUUGAAGAAGCUUCUCCUUAUUGCUGCAAGCUGUGUGGGAGGACUUUUGUUCGUAUGGGUUUUUUAGUUAACCAUGUGCAAAGAACACACACAAAGCAUGCUAAACAAUACCAUUGUGGUGUGUGUGAAGGAGUCUUGGACUCGAAAGAAAAUCUGACAGUCCACGUGCAAACCCACACUAAAGAGAGAACUACUCCUCACUCUCAAACCCACACUGAAUCAAAACCUUGGCACAAUGCUCACCCUCAAACCCUCACUGACCCAAAACCUUGGCCCGGUGCUCACCCUCAAACCCUCACUGACCCAAAACCUUGGCCCGGUGCUCACCCUCAAACCCUCACUGACCCAAAACCUAGGCCCAGUGCUCACCCUCAAACCCUCACUGAACCAAAACCUAGGCCCAGUGCUCACCCUCAAACCCUCACUGAACCAAAACCUAGGCCCGGUGCUCACCCUCAAACCUUCACUGAACUCAAACCUAGGCCUACUGCUCACCGGCAAACCUUCACUAAAGGGAUGCCUACUCCUCAACUUCAACCUGCAGCCAAACCUACUUGUCAUGUUUGUGGCAAGUGUUUCCCUUACAAUCAUAAUCUGAAACUACACAUGCGCACUCACACAGGCGAGAGACCGUUCAAAUGCAGAGAAUGUGGUAAAUGCUUCCGAUCAAAGGGAUAUAUGAAGGUGCACUUGAGGAUUCACACUGGAGAGAAACUGUUCCAAUGCAAAGAAUGUGACAAAGGCUUCCCUACCAAGCAAUACCUGACCAAACACACGCUGUUCCACACAGGGGAGAAAUCCUACCAGUGUAAGGACUGUGGGAAAGGCUUCGACCAGAGGGAAGACCUUGAACAGCACCAGUCAACUCACACGGAGGAGAAGCCAUAUGGUUGCAUAGAGUGUGGCAAAUGCUUUAAAGACACUUACCAUCUGGCCAGACAUAAGCUGGUUCACACAGGGGAGAGACCUUUCACGUGCACUGUGUGUGGACGGGGCUUCAGCACCCAAGGCAACCUGAAAGUUCACCAGCGGAUUCACAUCGGAGAGAAACCCUAUCGAUGUAAACUGUGUGGUAGAUGCUUUACAGGUUUUGCUAGUCUUAAAUAUCACUUGAACACGAUUCACCAUUACGACGGUGUCCUUUAAAGGAUGUGUCUGUCAGAAGGUGACGAAGCAGAAGAACAUCAUUACACCAUUGUGGCUUUAUUUAUAGUGUCUUUUUGGUGGCAGAUGUAGAACAACCGUUAGGACAUAGAAUCUAUGAAGGAAUAUAUGGUAUACUCUAACACCUUGAUUAAGGUUCAACAUUAGAUGUGCAACUCAUCUGACACAACGGAUAUAUAUAUAUAUAUAUAUAUAUAUAUACCCACAUACAUACUACCUUUUAAAAGUUUGGGGUCACUUAGAAAUUCUUCAGUUUCUUGGCAAUUUCUCGCAUGGAAUAGCCUUCAUUUCUCAGAACAAGAAUAGAGUGACGAGUUUCUGAAGAAAGGUCUUUGUUUCUGGCCAUUUUGAGCCUGAAAUCGAACCCACAAAUGCUGAUGCUCCAGAUACUCAACUAGUCUAAAGAAGGCCAGUUUUAUUGCUUUUUUAAUCACAACAACAGUUUCAUAACAACUAACAUAACUGCAACAUGGUUUUCUAAUGUUCAAUUAGCCUUUUAAAAUUAUAAACUUGGAUUAGCUAACACAACAUGCCAUUGGAACACAGGAGUGAUGGUUGCUGAUAAUGGUCCUCUGUACGUCUAUGUAGAUAUUCCAUUAAAAAUCAGCCGUUUCCAGCUACAACAGUCAUUUAAAACAUUAACAAUGUCUACACUGUAUUUCUGAUCAAUUUGAUGUUAUUUUAAUGGACAAAACUUUUGAUUUUGUUUCAAAAACAAUUAAAUUUCUAAGUGACCCCAAACUUUUGAAAGGCAGUAUACAUUCAUACAUUAUGAACCGUACGAGAAAUCUGGACACCUACUCAUUCCAGGGUUUACACCUACUCAUUCCAGGGUUUACACCUACUCAUUCCAGGGUUUACACCUACUCAUUCCAGGGUUUACACCUACUCAUUCCAGGGUUUACACCUACUCAUUCCAGGGUUUACACCUACUCAUUCCAGGGUUUACACCUACUCAUUCCAGGGUUUACACCUACUCAUUCCAGGGUUUACACCUACUCAUUCCAGGGUUUACACCUACUCAUUCCAGGGUUUACACCUACUCAUUCCAGGGUUUACACCUACUCAUUCCAGGGUUUACACCUACUCAUUCCAGGGUUUACACCUACUCAUUCCAGGGGUUACACCUACUCAUUCCAGGGGUUACACCUACUCAUUCCAGGGGUUACACCUACUCAUUCCAGGGGUUACACCUACUCAUUCCAGGGUUUACACCUACUCAUUCCAGGGUUUACACCUACUCAUUCCAGGUUUUUUCUUUAUUUGAACUAUUUUCUACAUUGUAGAAUAAUAGUGAAGACAUCAACACUAUGAAAUAACACAGAUGGAAUCAGGUAGUAAACAAAAAAGUGUUAAACAAAUCAAAAUAUAUUUUAUAUUUGAGAUUCUUCAAAGUAGCCACCCUUUGCCUUGAUGAGAAUUUUGCACACUCUUGGCAUUCUCUCAACCAGCUUCACCUGGAAUGCUUUUCCAAAAGUCUUGAAGGAGUUCCCACAUAUGCUGAGCACUUGUUGGCUGCUUUUCCUUCACUGCGGUCCCACUCAUCCCAAACCAUCUCAAUUGGGUUGAGGUCAGGUGAUUGUGGAGGCCAGGUCAUCUGAUGCAGCACUCCAUCACUCCUUCUUGGUCAAAUAGCCCUUACACAGCCUGGAGGUGUGUUGGGUCAUUGUCCUGUUGAAAAACAAAUGAUAGUCCCACUAAGCACAAGCCAGGUGGGAUGGCAUAUCGCUGCAGAAUGCUGUGGUAGCCAUGCUGGUUAAGUGUGCCUUGAAUGCUGGUUGAGAGAAUCCCAAGAGUGUGCAAGGCUGUCAUCAAGGCAAAAUGUGGCUACUUUGAAGAAUCUCAUAUAAUAUAUUUGGAUUUGUUUAACACUUUUUUUGUCUACUCCAUGUGUUAUUUCAUAGUUCUGAUGUCUUCUACUACUAUUCUACAAUUACAAAAAUAGUAAAAAAUAAAGACAAACCCCUUCAAUGAGUAGGUGUGUCUAAACGUUUGACUGGUACUGUAUUUGUAAAUGUUUUUAAUGGGUGUAUCAGCUUGAAAAUGUUUCCACAGCUGUUGUGACGGUCACAUCCAGGAGGGGUUUGGAAAGUCAUUGGUCCAAAGCUAAUAUGAUUUGCUGGAAUUUUAACACUGUGAAAACAUGUUUAACUUUGUAAUGUUUACGUGACCACAAACUAGACUAAUAUAUGUAUUUAUCUAUUUCUCUUUUUGUUGCUUGUUAAUUUGCAAUGUCAUGUUCCAGAAUGGUCUUUUUGUUCAAUGUGCCAAACAUGGUGUAAUUUUCCUCAGUAAAAAGAUGGAAAGCCCUA